UGAUAUAACCUAACUAUAUUUGUAGGUUAAUUAAGUGUCAAAAUUAAUAAUUUAAUAAUUUUGGGUUUAUUUAUAAUAUUUUUUGCAACUAAUUUUGAAGGUUUCAAUUUUUUACAUAAUUUAAAGCAAGGUUAUGAAAUUUGAUUAAAGAUUAAAAUAUAAAUAAAAAAAGUAAUGAAGGGGCCCAUAAAGAAUUCUUAACGGAUCGAGACUGCGCAAAAGAAACCGAAAAGUGACUCUAACCGACACUGGAACGAAUAAAUAUAAACUACUUGACGAGCUCUUAAUCCAAUACAGUCGAUUUCAACGUUUCAGCGUGUUCACCACACAUUUUUAAAAUCAUUCUUAAACGAUGGGUAUUAUAUUAUCAUACGUAAGAGGUGGAAAUAACGAACCCGACCCAAUAACCGGGUUAACACCGCGAGAAAAAUCUUUAGUUGCGUCUUCUUGGGGCUUAGUCAAAAAAGAUAUCUCAGAAAACGGAGCUGAAUUAUUUAUAAGAUUUUUCACUCGCAAACCAGAGUAUCAAAAUUAUUUCCCCUUUCGUGAUGUCCCAUUAGCUGAUUUAAAGGAUAAUCCAAAAUUAAGGGCACAUUCUUUAAGUGUAAUGUACGCGAUUUCUUCAGUAAUUGAUUCGUUGGAUGAGGGGCCAAUUUUGGUUAAUUUGUUACAAAAAACAGGAGAUAAUCACGGAAAAAGAAAAAUUCCUUUGGAAUCAUUCGAUGAAUUAAAAAUAGUGAUGUUGGAGCUUUUACAAGCAAAGCUCGGGAAUAAAUUAUCGAAAGAAGGGCUCGAUGCUUGGGAUAAAACCUUAACGGUAGCUUUUAAAGUUGUUGUUGAUGCUUUGAAAGAAGCUGCGAAGUGAGAAAAGUACCUAAAGAGCCUAAAGAGUAAAGAGAUAUAAUCAAAAGACUAAUUUUAACAUAACCUCAAAAAAUCAUUUAAUUAAUUUUUAAUUACUUAUAACAUUAAAAAUAAAAAGAUUUUUUUGUUUUUC